AUGCUGCCACUUUUGGACAAGCUUGGGUUUCCCAGCGACGAGGAGAGUCGGCGAGUGCUGGUGGACACACCGCAGUGGCCGCAGCAGCUCCAUCCCACUCUUGCAAACAUGAGAGAGGGCAUCGCGUGGCUAGUCCAGGAUGCAAAACCUGGCGACUCGCUCCUGUUCCACUACUCAGGCCAUGGUGGCCGCAUGCCACGAACGGAUGGCCGAAGCGAGUGGCACGAGACCCUUUGCCCAGUGGACAUGGACUCGGCUGGCAUGCUGCUGGAUGCCGAGCUCUUCGAGACGCUGGUGCGGCCCUUGCCCAGCGGCUGCCGGCUCACCUGCAUCCUAGACAGUUGCCACAGUGGGGGCGUGCUGGAUCUGCCCUUCAUCUUCGUGGGCACGCAGGAGAACCUGGCGUCAGCCCUUGCUGGAGAGGCCGCCCAGAUGGCGAUGUCCAAGAACUGGCUUCAGGAUUGGCAGGUCUGGCGGGACGAUGACGACCCUGCAAUGCUGUUGUCUGACGUCGCUGCCAUGGGCAUGGACCUUUGGGGCCUGUGGGGCAAGUACCGCGAGACCCGCGAAGCAAACGAGGAAGGCUUCCGCACUGAUGAAGUGGAGAACGCCGGUGUAGCGGUUGGUGAAGUGGUGGCCUUCACGGGAUGCGCUUCUGAGCAAACAAGCGCGGACGUGGGCGAUGUCGGGGUGGCCACCUGCUGCUGGAAGGAGCGGGCAGGGCUGGAGGUGGAACCGGGUGCCCUGACCUCAGCCUUUAUCGAAGCGAUGGAGGCCGGCGGGGAGGAGACGUAUGUCCAGCUCCUGGAGCAUCUGCGCCAGCGGCUGGAGAGUGCAGGAUUCAGUCAAGUUCCGCAGCUGGCCUCCAGUUUGAUCCUGGACCUGAACACGCCCUUCUCUGUGGACAAGAUCACGCCGCCGCCGCAGCCGGGACGGCCCUCAGGGCAGACGGCAAUGGAUCGCGAUGUGAUUGGCUACAACGGUUGUGCCGACCAGAAUCAGGGCUCGGUCUUCUCGGACAUGCUCGCUGGAGUGCAAAACAUGUUGCUUGCGGAGGAGGGUGCUGAGUUGAUGGAGGAAGCAGGUGAUCUCCUGAUGGAGGACCUGACUCCUGAGGAUGACUUUUGA